AUGCGCCAGCUCCGCCCACUUGCAUCGCUGCUCUCCCUCCGUUUCCCUCUUCACUCCAUCUCAGCGCGAGCCUUCGCCAGCACCCCGAUCGCCAACCGAGAACGUCGAGACGACGGCUUCAUCCAUCCCGAGAUGACGGACAAUAUUGUCAACUUCUACGCAGGCCAACCGCCCCUGAACCGGCUCUCGUUCCAGCGUCAAGAUGCCUCGCUGCUGAACGCCUACCUGCCCACCGCCAAGUUCCUAGUCUUCGACCUCGGCAAGGUCCUCUGCCCCACAAAGCGCUACAACGAGAUCCAAUACCUGACCCACGCGCAGGUCGCGCCCCUGCUGAAAGAAGGAUUCGAGGAUCCGCCCAAGGACGCGAAAGAUGCCAAGGUGCGCCAGGCGGCGCGGCCUGUGGGUGCGUCUGCCGUUGUCUUCCUCGGCCUCGACGAGAGGGGAUACGAGCAGGAGAACGAGGGCAAUGUGGAGCGGCCCAAGGGGCUGCCGUACUUCGCCAUUGACGCGAGCGGCACGGGUUUCGCGGGCGCGAGCAAGAACUCGGCCGUCCGCGCUGCCGAGUCCGACAAGGGGGAGGGCAAGGACGAGGUGACGGGAAGCUGGGGCGAUCCCCGCGCCACUGGGUCUGCCCUUGACACCUUUGACGCGGGCGUGUUCGCGACCGCGCGCGCGUUGACGGACUGGAACGGGCGGAACCGCCACUGCGCGGCUUGUGGAGCCAAAACCUACUCUCUGUGGGGCGGGUGGAAGCGCGCAUGCACCACUGCGCUCGAGGAUCCCUCCAAGUGUUUCUCCAACACUGGGUUGCACAAUUUUGCCUAUCCCCGCACCGACCCCGUGACUAUCAUGGGCGUGUUGGACCCGGCGGGAGACAGGAUGUUGCUCGGAAGACAGAGGGCGUGGCCUAAGGGCUUCUACUCGUGUCUUGCUGGGUUCAUUGAGCCGGGCGAGAGCUUUGAGGACGCCGUUCGCAGGGAGGUGUUCGAAGAGGCUGGCGUCAAAGUCGGGCCGGUCAGGUAUAGUAGCUCCCAGCCGUGGCCCUUCCCGGCCAACAUCAUGGUGGGAUGCUAUGCGCGAGCUGAGAGUGAUGAGAUCCGCCUCGAUCUCGAUAACGAGCUCGAGGACGCGCAGUGGUUCCCUCGUUCUGUUGUCGCGAGGCUGUUCGAGAAGGAAGGGUCGACGCACUUCUCCGUCAAGGACUACUCGGCCAUCGACCGCGCGCUGACUGCUGGCGAGGAGGACGGAUGCGCCGUGCACGGCGACCUGGCGAGCAGGCUCACCAAGAUCCCGCCCGAGACCGCUAUCGCCGGCAAGCUUAUCAGGCAGUGGGCCCUCGGACCCCACGCGCUCGACCUCGUCUCGAGACUGUAG